CAGAACGCGACAUGUUGCGGGUUUUUUUUCUCUCUCAGAAAACAAUUAUAUAUAUUCUCUCUUGUAGGAAGUACUGAUGCACGAGUGAAGGAAAGGACUUUUAUUUUAAAAUCAUCCACCAUGUUAAAAAUGUACUGAGGAUUAGUGCUGUCACUGAGGCCAGUGGAGAAAUUGUACUUAUUAAUUGUGAUCAAGGUCGAUGACUUAUCAACGAUGAAUGUAAAAACAGGCAGUAAUUUAAUAUUUAGGUCUCUGCGUCCGUGUUACAUACACGCUCCUCUGUCAUUAAGGAGUUUCUGUCGAGGUCAUCGACAAAGCGCGAGCCAACCUCCAAAACAUGCCAAACGAGCAGAGAGGGCUGGAUUCAGUCCAGCAGAAACAUCAAAAUAUGACUGGAUCGGUCCACCAGACAGACUGUCAAACCUGAGGCCGAUCAUAUAUCACAUCCCAGAGAACGAGACACCGCUGGAAAGGAAGUUGAGGCGUCUGAGACAGGAGACUGAAGACUGGAACCACGAGUUCUGGACCAACCAGAACUUCAAAUUUAGCAAGGAAAAGGAAGAAUAUGUGAGAUCGCAACUGUCAGCAAAAGGGUUGUCAGAGAGAGAUGAUGAUGGAAGGAAAAGGACUUUAAGCAGUGAGGAAAUGGCAGUAUUUUACAAACACUUUUUAGACAAAAACAUUACAAGACAUUCCAGUUAUAACAGGGAAUGGUAUAGACGGAACUUCACCAUUACACUUCUGAUGGCGAAAGUAGCUCUACACAACACAUGGAGGAUACUGACUGGACAGACGAGGGGAACUGGACGAGCGAAAGGCAAAACUACAUGAAAUGCAAAUAAAGACUGUAAAUCAAUCAA